AUACUUCCUUAUUACGAACUACGGUUGCUGGAUUCACUUUUACCUUGAAGUCAUCGAAGAACUGUGUUACUUUGGAGUUACUGUUCUGGACAAAGAUAGUCACGUAACAACGGAUUUGCUUGUCAGCAGGGCCGCUGUGCAACUGAGAAAAAGGAUGGAGACAAAAACAGAAGGGAAGGAUCAGUUCUUUAUAGUAAUACGAGGGAAAGCGAGGAAAGGCUUCUCCAGGGGAUGCAUUGGCCGCGUGGAGGCGGUGACGCAGAACGGAGAGCUGAGUGGACUGCUGUACGGCGCCGGCAGCAGCGGCGCUAAUCCCAAGAGCGGGGGCAUGGUGAAGAGGGAGGACACAUACCCCCUCACCCGGCACCAGGCCCAGCUGCUGCUCUUCGUGUCCCCCUCCAACAAACGCCUGGAGCUGCUGUGCAACCCACAGCUUUUUUCGGCCAUCUGUCAGCUCUCUCAGGAUGACCUGGUGGUGAUCAAGCACAAGAUGGAACACCAGCCAGGCCUGGUUCGGAACCUGAUGUUGGUGGGUAAGAAGGACAGCCCAGGGGACCUGCUGAUGCUGGGCUUCGAGGUUGAGUUUGUGCAGGACUCUGAUCUGACAUUAUCUUCUAAGAAGCCAGCCCCUCUACCCCUGUUCAGUGCUGCAGACAUUGUCCAGGUUGUCCCAGCAUAUCUUAUCGACAUUGGCCCUCGCUGGAGAAACAGUCUUUCCGAGGGUCUGAACAGAAAGACGGUGUCCCGUAUCAACUCCAUGCCUAAUAUGAGAUCUCUUGAACGCCAAGUGGGAGAUAUUAAACGUAUAGACCAGAGUGUCACCCCAACCAAAUGCUUGUCACAACCCCCCAUAGAGGUGGGAUCUAUGGUGGAGGUGAUGUCCAACACUGGGAUCACUGUAUAUGGGGUGGUCCGCUGGAUGGGCGCCCUUUCAGAACAGAAACAGAACUGGGCCGGAAUUGAGCUGGACUAUGAGGUGAAGAAUUGCUCCAACGGGACGUAUGGAGGCCAGCGGUAUUUUACUUGCGAAGGGAGCAAGGCCUUGUUUGUGCCUGUCACGAUGUGCAGUCCAGAUGGAAGGUUCCUGCGUCCCCACUCUGAGGAGCGGGUCCUCCGACCCAAACUCCCCCCAGCAGUCACCUCCUUGGAGGAAACAGACGAAGACGUCCCCCCGGUUCCUGAAUCAGAGGCCCUGGCUUUACUUGUGGGCAAGAUGAAGGGUAUCCAGGGGCACUUCAACUCCUGUUACCUCGACGCCACUCUCUUCAGCCUUUUCAGCUCAUCCAUGAGCCUGGACAGUGUUUGUCAGAAGCCAGCUGACACAGAACGGAGCAUUGCUUGUUGUCUGAGGAAAGAUAUUGUCAACUGUUUGCGCAGACAAGGUUUUGUGCCUGCUGAGAGUGUGAUGAACUUCCGCAAGCAGCUGGGAUGUGACACAUUUGUAACAGAAGAAAAAGAUCCUGAAGAAUUUAUCACAGUUCUUCUACAGCGGGUACUUUGCAUGGAACCAUUACUUAAACUCAGGUCUAAAAAACAACACCACCCAGGAUGCCUACACAUUCCAGAUUAUUCUGGAUAAGGAGCAGGUGACACAGACUCCCACAGUCCAGCCAGCUGCUGGACACCUCCUUCGUGUCAUGUGGUGUCAGUGUCGAGGAGGUAAGUAAUACCUUGUGA